AUUCUUUUUUUUAGGUAUAUAUUAUAAAAUAAAAAAUACAUCCAUUCAAUGCCAUUAUUUAUGACGGCGACUCUUGACUGGUGCCACUACUGGGGCCACAGCAGCAUACGUUUUCUGUGACAGUCUGUUCAUGUAGUAGAUUGUUAUCACUGAGAAUAUUAAACUGCAACAAUAUAAAAUCACAUUUAUAAUAAUAAUAAAGGUUUUACGGGGGAUUAUCUAAUCAGAGGGUUAGGGAGUGUAAUAACACACAUUGCACAAUUACGGCAAAACUUUUGAGUUUGAGCUUCAAACCUAUAUGGGAAUGUAGAGCAACCAGGACCAUAGCCAGAAGAGGGGCAUUAUGGGGCAAUGCCCGAGGCGGCAGGCUGCAAAGGGUGGAGCGCCGCUACUUAUGCCCUACCUGUAAUUACCACUGCCCUAUCUUAAAUAAAACUCUGGCUAUGGGCCUGAGAGCAACAUCUGGUUCUACCGCUGCUUUUGUGUCGCAUUCAAAUCAAAGCACCGGUCACAGAAUGAGAGACUAAACAUUUACUGUGUCAUUUUCCUACAUGCUACAGCAGACACGGCAAGGUCCCUGCUUCCCUGCUGCAACUGCACUGUCGUCAUUAGCACUCACCAAUCUACACUAGGACUCAUUGCCUGUUAUCUUUAUUCCGCCCCUAGUAAAGGCCUGUAUCCAAGCCGUGAGUAGGGAGGGAUAUUUAUAGGCUGAUUAUGAAGAGUGGUAACUGAUAAAUAUUAUGAGAUGUGGCCUGGGCACCAUGAGAUGACGCAGUGUGUUGGUAGUUGCAAUGAAAAAUACUCAAUAAAUUCAAACAUUGAUUGAUAAUACCGCAAUUAACUAUUUUUUAUAGUUUUAUGGUGUUGGCACUAGAGCUUUGGAAUAGAGUACAAAAAUCAUCAACAGAAAUACGACACUACCAAAAAAGACACUACCCAUCGGCGAGGUAUGGUUACUUAUUGGCAUCACAUGGAAAAAUAAGAACUUUGGUUGUUUACAAUUGUCUACAUUUUUUAUAUUUAGUUGGACCCGCUUGCCCCCGCCCCCCCUCUUCUGGUCAGAUUUUGGUCUAUCAAGAAACAACUUACCAUGUGGUAAAACAAAUUCGAUGCACCAUGCCCGCAGCUACCAAUGAAACAGCCAUUGACAGCACUAUUUCAGGCAAUUUCAACUGGAAAUUUUUGCCAAAAAGUGUUGACUCUAAAUUGCCAACUGCCUGUGAGGUGACUGUAAGGAAAUAUACACUGAGCACUUUUUUAAUACAUGUAUUUGUUUUACAUAUAACUGUAAUGAUUGAAUUAAUCUUAAUUAAAUAUAUACAAUAUGAGUGCAAUAACUCCCUAUAAAAAGAAAGAAAGAAAGAAAGAAAAACUAUGAAAAGUGAAAUUAUCAAUAUUUUUUUUAUAAAAACUGCAAGACUACACGGUUUGAAAUGAAAAUAAAAUCAAAUAUUAAUAAAAUAAGAAAUCUUCUUUUUGAUCUGAAAGUUCAUCUCAGUCAUAUUCCUAUUUUUUUAAACUGUGUUAGGGUUUAUGAAAAGGAUACGGUUACAAAGAACAUAAACAUCAGUGAUCCUAAAUAGCCUCCAAAUAUUAUUGUAAUUGGUGAUUUCACUAACAGUGGCUUAUACAUUUGCAUCCCAGAGAAUAUGAGAAGCGUCAAUAUCGAUGAUAAUAUAAAAGAUGUAGCACUGUUCACCGCUAAAACCAAAUCAAGUUAUUAGUUAAAUUUAUUCAUUUUCCAGUGUACAGCGUACGCCCAUCGAAGACAUACUUACCCAUUUUAUAUGUUUAAGACGGAGUACUUGCUUUUGCUAAAACAAACCUAGUAAAUCGGGCAAAUAAAGUAUUACACGGAUAUAAAAUGUAUGUAAAUUGUACCGGGCAGAUGGUGCUGGACAGGUGAUAGGAUAUAAUACGGUCAAUUGAAGAAAAUCGAAGUGCUCCUAUAUACCUCUCACUCACUCAUAUUAAUAAAAGAGUGAAAAAGAAUUAUUAUUUUGUUGUAUCAAUCCCGUUUGAUAAUUGACCGUAUUACACCCGAAGUCAAUAACAUACAAAAUGACAAAAUUGACAUUUACACGUAGACUUAUUGCCUCUAUACGGAAGGCAAACCAUUCUAAGUACAUACAGGCUGGAUUUAGUAUUUUUUACAUUGAUUGAAAUGCGAGUGUGACGCAUUCUUAUGUUUUUGUGUUUUUUGGGGUGUUUGACACAAAGCAUAUCGAGUCAGCUUUCUCGAAGUUUCUGUCUAUUAUUUAGUCAGCUUUGGACUUAGAUUUCGUAAUAGGCCUCAGACGAAGAAUCUCAAUAUACUAUGUCAUGUAGUCGGUCCCCGUAGCCCUUAUAUAUACUUAAAGCCGUAGCCCGAAGCAUGAGCAACACAUUAAAUAUAAGUGCUAUAUAUGCAUUAUAUCACGUUCUUUUAUCGCGUCUAACUGUCAAACUCCAUAGUAAUUUGACAACUAAGCGUGAUAAAAAUAAAUCAUAUUGCUGUACUCGUCAUAGUUUUGUUUAUGUAACACCUCCAGAUUCUUUAAAAUCUGACCUGGCAACUCUGACCAUAGGUAGGACUGAUAAGCGAAUGAUAAGAAGUGUCAUUUUUGUUUUUGUAUGAUUUACGCAAAUAAUUAGUGUACGUUCUGCAUGAUAAUCUAUCUUUGUUUAGAUCCUUGGGUAUAUGUGUUCUGUGGUUUAGAUAACUAAACUAUAAAAGUCCUUAUCUAUCUUCAUCUUAAAAAUGAAUUUUCUAAAAAAGCAUUGUUACUAUUUAGGUGUAAUCAAACGAAAUAUUAGUUCUUCUCCUUCAAAAAUAAGAAUUUAUGAAGUUGGACCAAGAGAUGGACUUCAAAAUGAAUCCAAAUUUGUGCCUUCAGAAAUAAAGAUUGAGCUGAUCAAUAAGCUGUCUGCUGCAGGAUUAAAAGAUAUUGAAUCGGCCAGCUUUGUAAGUCCAAAAUGGGUACAGCAAAUGAGUGAUGGCCAAGAAGUAAUGAAAAAUAUUAAUAGAGCUCCUGGCAUUAACUACCCUGUGUUAGUACCAAACUUAAAGGGAUAUGAAGUUGCUAGACAAUGUAAUGUAGAAGAGAUAGCUAUUUUUCCUGCGGGGUCAGAGGGAUUCUCGCAAAAGAAUUUAAACUGCUCAGUAGAAGAAGGGUUACGCAGAUUCAAACUAAUAGCUGAUCAAGCUGUCAAAGAUGGCUUGAGGGUGCGAGGAUAUGUAUCUUGCGUAGUAGGUUGUCCAUAUGAUGGACCGAUCAGUCCGAAAACUAUUGCAAAGAUAACAGAAGAAUUGAUUUCCAUGGGAUGCUACGAAGUUUCUCUGGGUGACACAAUAGGCGUGGGCACUGCGGGUUCUGUACGGAAGUUACUACGGGAAGUGCUCGCGGUAACUUCACCCGAUAGAUUAGCCCUCCACUUUCACGAUACAUAUGGCCAGGGACUGGCUAACCUGCUUGCUGGACUAGAGUUCGGCAUCACCACUGUGGAUUCCUCCAUCUCUGGGCUGGGUGGGUGUCCGUACGCUCGAGGCGCCAGCGGGAAUCUUGCCACAGAAGACUUGGUUUACUUCCUGUACGGACUCGGGGUCAACACUGACGUAGACCUGGUGAAACUCAUAGAAGCCGGCCGAUACAUUUCCAAUUUCCUCGGCAAACCCACCGAGUCCAGAGUAAACAGAGCCAUCGGCGACAAGUUCAAAAACCACAAAGAUGUUGUGCAAAUGGCCUCAUGUGCAAUUUGAAUCUAACCAUACAAUAGAAAGAACAUUAGUGCUGUUGAAUUGUAAC